CUAGCCCAGGAUCCCCACCUCAGUUCUCAGCUUCUUCCUAGGAAGAAGACAGUAAGGCCAGCGAGGUCCCAGGCUGUCUGGGAGUGUCAGAUUUCAACCUCAGCAAUAGCCACUCAGCGCUGUGCGAUGCUGGGGGCCUGCCUCAGACUCCUGGUGGGCGCUCUGUGCACCGUCUGCAGCUUGGGCACUGCUAGAGCCUAUUCAGACACUUCCCCACUGCUUGGCUCCAACUGGGGGAGCCUGACCCACCUGUACACAGCUACAGCCAGGAACAGCUAUCACCUACAGAUCCAUAGGGAUGGCCAUGUAGACGGAACACCCCAUCAGACUAUCUACAGUGCCCUGAUGAUCACAUCAGAGGAUGCUGGCUCCGUAGUGAUAAUAGGGGCCAUGACCAGAAGGUUCCUUUGUAUGGAUCUCCGCGGCAACAUUUUUGGAUCGUAUCACUUCAGCCCGGAGAACUGCAGAUUCCGCCAGUGGACGCUAGAGAACGGCUACGACGUCUACCUGUCACCGAAGCAUCACUACCUGGUGAGCUUGGGCCGCUCCAAGCGCAUCUUCCAGCCCGGUACCAACCCGCCGCCCUUCUCGCAGUUCCUGGCGCGCAGGAACGAGGUCCCGCUGCUGCACUUCUACACCGCGCGCCCACGGCGCCACACGCGCAGCGCCGAGGACCCGCCCGAGCGCGACCCGCUGAAUGUGCUCAAGCCGCGGCCCCGCGCUACUCCCAUACCGGUAUCCUGCUCGCGAGAGCUACCGAGUGCAGAGGAAGGUGGCCCCGCGGCCAGCGACCCCCUGGGAGUGCUGCGCAGAGGCCGCGGGGAUGCUCGCCGGGGCGCGGGAGGCACGGAUCGGUGUCGCCCCUUUCCCAGGUUCGUCUAGGUCCCCAGCCCCGGCUGCCUCCACCUUCAUCCUCCAGUCGGUUCACCCCACGUGGAGAGCUGGGGUACCCUGAAGAUGUCUGCUUCUCUCCCUUCCCUUUGGGCCUGAGAGUCACCUGCAAGGUUCCAGCCAGGCACCGCUAUUCAGAGCCAACAGUGGGAGGCUGGAGAGGUGGCCCAGACAAUUCUCAGCACCCACAACUACCUGUAAUUCUAGCUCCAGGGAAAUCUGCACUCUCACACACAUAUCCACACAUGCAUACAUUUAAUUUUAAAUGUUGAUCUAUUUUGAAGACCCCAACAGGUAAACUAGACACGAGGCUCUUUUAAUUUUACUUUCCUCAGAGGUAAACUAGACGCUUAGCCCGUCUCUUGCCUAGCGUUCUUAUCGAUCAGUUAGCACGAGGAAAGAGCUCACACCUUGAACACAGAGAAGAGGCCAUCUCUGCAGCUUCUUGUUACUGUUCUGGGACCCACAUGAGUUUGAGUUUGAGUACCUUGACCUUAAUGUCUUCACUGGGCAAGCCGAAGGAAGACAUAGAUUUCUUCCCUUUGGGAAGAGCUUUUGGAAAAGAUUGGCGGGAGGCUGACAAGGAGACCCAAAGGCACGGUGAACCAAAGCCCACUCCACAGAGUUCAGCCUCACUACAGAAUGAACACCCUUUGCCAGCAAGUGCCGAACCUGCUUACUUCCCAGCUCCCUGCGAUAGAACGUGCUUUUCUGUUGGUAGCUUUCUGAAUUUACCCUGGCUCAGCAAAGUCUACCUUGCUAGGGUGUUUUGCAAAAUGCAAAAGCAUGAACUCUCUCUAAAGAGGCAUUUUAGUAAAAGCUUCUGCUAGCCGGUCGAGUUGUAAUAUAUUCUAAGUGAAUGUGCCUGGAGGGGAAGGGUCCUUGAGACCUGGGAUUGUUCCAGGUUAGGGUUUCUGUGAAGUGGAAAGAAAAAAAAAAGUUUUUUCCUAAGUGAAAUGGGAUCCAGGACUUACUAGCUAGAGUCGGGGGGUGGGGGUGGGGGUCUCCUGCAGGGGUUAACCCCACAAUGGCAGCUACUCUUGGGAACUUUUAGGGCAUUAAAGGAAGACAUCUUUCAUUUGUCCCAGAAACCCCAGGGCUGUCCUGGGGUGAGCAUAGCCUCACAGUGAACAGCAAGACGUGUUAGGCAGGCUUUGAGGUUGUCCCCCCUCUGUACCUUAUUAGCUGGUGGUCGACCUCGACGAAGGGCACCUCCUUUCUACCUCUACUUAAAUGAGAACUGAAGGGCACAGUAAUGGCCCAGUCCUUCAGACAAUUCCGUGCUUUCCACUGUCAUCAUGUACCCACUUAGAAAUGGACCCACUGUUUUUUUGCUUAUCAGAGGAACAGCAGCCAAUGUGACCACCUCCACCUCUGAGUUACUAAAUGCUGUGCAUAGAUAGCAGUAGGUACCACGCACCCCAAACCUUUUCUUCGCUGGCUUUCAUUCCUGCUGGGGAUCGGUCAGCACAGCAGCCACCGGAAGCCUGCCCACUGAGGCAACUCUGUGGAAAGCCCAGAAAGAACUUAACUGGGUGUAAACUCAAGCCCAACACCACCGAGAGGCCUUCUUUUUGGCGGAGCCGAGGUCGUCUUGUAAUUUCUUAGGUCCCUUUGCACGUGGCGAUAUUUAUUUAUUUAUUUGAAAGAUUCUGCCUAUCACUCUAUAUUUAUAGUUAUUUAUGAAAUGUAACCCCACUUCUGUCCUUGAGUUUUAAAUAAAAAUAAGAUUUCUGUCA